CAUUUUGGAGUUCCCGAAGUUUUUCUGCUCUCCCCAAUGCCUUUCUUUCCAGGCUACACAGAGAAGGACAGCCUAAAGCAGCCAUGGCUUGGCUCCCCGGAUCCCUAGUGUUUUGGGCAAUGGUGACCCUCAUCUACCUGAUCGCCCCAGGGUGCUCUGUGGAAGUGAAAGUGCCAACUGAACCCCUGAGCAAACCUGCUGGUGAGGCUGCAGAGCUGACCUGUAGCUAUUACACAUCCGUGGGAGAAAACUUUGCACUGAAAUGGAGUUUUGUCCAGCCUGGUAAUCCCAUCUCUUCAGCUGAGACUAUUCUAUAUUUCACCAAUAAGAAGCUAUAUCUGACGGGUCCCCAGGCAAAGAGGGCCACUCUGCUGCAGAAUCCCCCUACAGGAGGGGUAGCCACACUUCGACUGACAGAUAUUCGAUCUUCGGACACUGGAACCUACCUCUGCCAAGUCAACAACCCACCAGACUUCUAUGAUAAUGGGUUGGGGUUGGUCAAUCUCACGGUGCUGGUACCCCCAACGAAGCCCACGUGUGGACAAAGUGGGCAGAUCUCAGUAGGAGGGGGUGCUGCAUUGACCUGCAGUUCUUCAGGGGGUGCCCCCCGUCCUGUGUACACCUGGGUUCGAUUGGGUUCUGCUCCUACAUCAGCUCCUGGCAGCAUGGUACAAGAUGAAGUCUCUGGUCGGCUCAUCCUCACCAACCUUUCUCUCACUUCCUCUGGAGUCUAUCGAUGUGUGGCUGCCAAUCAGUUAGGCAGUGCUUUCUGCGAACUGAUCCUUGCAGUGACUGACCCGUCCAAGGGCAGGGUUGCAGGAGCUGUGAUAGGUGUCCUCUUGGGCUUGCUGUUCUUGGUGGUAGGUGUAUUCUGCCUACUGAAGUUCCAGAAGCAGAGGAUUAAGAAGCCAAGGGAGAUGUAUGGGGGCAAUGACCUUAGAGAGGAUGCCAAGGCCCCAGGGGUUUAUGACUCACUUCCCCGAAGAGGCAAUUCAGAUGUUGGGCUACUGGAGAGGUCCCCUUCUGCCAGCACUGUGACCACCACCAAGUCCAAACUCCCCAUGGUUGUUUGACAGCCUUCUAUGCUCUACUGCCUCUGUCCCGUGGGACUUGAAUUUAUAAUGAAAGUCCUAGUUUUCAGGACCUAUCUCUGGCUUUUUUCUUUAAAGGGUAGAUGAAUGUAUGACUCCUCUAGUGGAUGGAAUGGGCCUAACUUCUAAGGAACCUUGAAGCCAGGGAGUGAGUGACUAUCUAGAGAGGUUGCAUGGAGAGUGCUCAGGGAAUCAGCCAAAUCUGUCUGUAUCACUACUGUCCUAGGUGGAUCACUCCCUCACCUAGGUGAGGUAUCGAGGCCAUGUCACUUACAAACUGUUGGGCUGUGUCAUUUAAACCUUUCUGUCUCUCAGCUUCCUCAUCUGUAAAAUGGGGAUACUUGUACUACCUGUCCUGCAGGGCUGUCAGUAAAAUUCUUUGUAUUUUUUAAAGUUCUAAGUCGGGUUGGGGCUAGUCCAGUCCGGGGCCUUCCCUCUUUGUAAACCCAACCCAACCCCUUCUCGAGGGUAGCCCGGAACACUUGGACAUUGCCUCUUUAUUGUUCACAUUCCAACCCAGAGCGGUCACAUGCACACACGAAAAUUUAAAAACCCUUCUGCCACAGCCCCAGGAGCCCGGCUAGGGGCUGGGCGGUCAGGGCAGGGCAGGGCAGGGGGCAGGGGCAGCUUCUGACUCCCCCCCACACCGCCUCUAGAACACCUCGGCCUAGGAGUUUGCAUAACAAGAAGAGAGUUGGAGAGGUGGUCCCGGGAUGCGCAGCAGUCGAGGCAAGGGGCGUAGGGCUGUAGAAUGGGCUCAGGACUAGGAGAUUACAGGCAGGUGUGGGACUGGGCGUACAAUCACCGUCACUUCAGGGGACCUCUGGAACUGGAACCCGCUCCUCCCCCCACCAACCAGAAUAGGAUCACGCCCAGAAGUAAAGGGUUCCGGCACCCCCAAAAGCCUCCCCUCACCCCGAGUGUGUAAACUGGGGACUGCCUGUGGAGGAGCAAAAGGCCCAAAGUCUUGGAGCUUGGGUGGGCUGGAUGGGGAUGGUUACAGCAGCACAGUGAGUAGGGGUGGGGGCAGGCGUACCCCUCGGCUUCCCGCAGAAACAAACAGGAUUUCCUUACUGGGAGCACACACACAGAGGGAAUAUUUGGGGGCGCCCUCAUCAAUCCGCAGAGAGAAAUCGAAGAGGAGCUUAGCAAAGUUGGUGGUGAGUUCAUGCAGGGCGGGUGCGCUGCGGAGGUGGAGCGGAUUAGGCAAAACGAGGAGAUGAAGAAAGGAGGACAGACAGGAGAGGGGUAAAGAAG